GGGGCGGCGCGCGCAUGGCCAAGUAAGGCAAACUGCCCUUACUAUGCCAAAGCUGAACACUUGGCUGACUGUCUCCAGGCUACCUUGCCCAACUUCAGGGUUCACAAGAUCACGCAGCACCCUGACAAGUGGGAGUGGUAUUAUAUGUGGGUGCAGGUGCUGCAGAAGCAGCUUUGUCUGUGAGAGCCAGCCAGAGGAAAGGUUUGAAUGUUUUCAGCAACUGGCAUCAGUCAGUGGCUUCAUGACAUUUGUGAAACGAAUGGAUGGGAACACAGAGAAUCUCCUAUCAUUUGGAGAGAACUGUUGGACCGUGGAGGGAAAGGUCAGCUUCUGGGAGGACUUAAUGACUUUCUGGAAUAUGCUCAGCAAUAUUAUGGCAUCACUUCAAUGAUGUUGAGUAAAGAAAUGUUAGACAUUGCUGAGGAGAACCUACAGGCUCAUCUUGAAAUUGUAAAAGAGGAUGAAGAGAUUAAAAGUCUUAUCAAGCCCAUGCAGAUCUGGAUCACCAGUGCAUCAACUCCAGUCUGUUAUCAACUGAUCCCUCUGUUGGCAAAUGGAGAAGUGUUUGGGAUGACCACAGAAAUCAGUAUCCAUUUGCUUGACACUGGCCAGUUUAAGGAAGUUCUUUGCAGUAUUGUAAUGGAAGCUGAAGACAUGGCGUUCCCACUUCUCCGCAGUAUUUUGGAGCACACUGAAAUAGAGGAGGCUUUUAUUGAAGCUGAUGUUAUUAUUGUUCUUGAUGAUGUCCUCUUAAACCUUGAAGUCCAGUCCCUUGAGAACUACAUCAGAGAAGUAAGUGAGGUCUGUCAAGUGUAUGCUCCCUUGAUUGAGAAGAAUGCCAAGAGUGAGGUCAGAGUAAUUUCAUCAGGAAAAACCUUUGCAAAUCUUAAGGCGACGCUGAUUAUGACGUACGGCCCAUCCAUUAAGCCUGAGAAUAUCAUUGCCGUUGCGACAUCCUGGGAAAGUGCAGCUAAAGCCACGCUGGCCAGGAAGUUGAAUAUGAGCACAGCAGGAGUUAAAGACGUGAUUGUUUGGGGCAAUAUUACUGGCUCUAACUACAUUGAUUUGUCACAUACAAAACUUUAUGGAUAUGACAGUGCUAUUUGGGGCCCAGCUAAUUUUCAACGUCCUUUGUUGAAUAUGAUUUAUGAUAGGGAAUGGAUCCAUUCAGAAUUUUUAUCUGCACAGGGUUCACUGCGUUCCCGAGUUGGUCGUUGCACAGGAAUGUUACCUGCUCACGCGGUAGCCACUGUACUGCGGUACUGGUAUCACGGCUCUCCUCCUGGGGAGAUUGUUUCUGUGGGAGUACUUAGUGAAGGUCAGUUUUGCGUUCCUGAAGGAAUUAUCUUCUCUAUGCCAGUGAGCUUCCAGAAUGGUAACUGGGAAGUCAUAAAAGAAUUAGAAAUUGAUGGAACGACACAAGAAGUUCUGGGACGCUUAGCCCACGAGCUAAUUCAGGAAAAGCUCGUUGCACUAAAGGAAAUAAAAGAAAUACAUCCAUAUGGAGAAGGCUAAAACCCCCACAUCUUUUCCCAAGUUUUUCUGUGCUGCUUUUCCUACCUAAUUUGCUUUUCAAGUUGUCUGUCCUCAUUCAUCAAAAUAAGAGCAGAUGAAUUUAAAAGUGUGUUUUAGUUCUGUUUUUUUCACUUUUCCCCUAUUCUCAGGUUCUGAAGUCCCUGCACUUUUCCAAUGUUAUAGCGAUUUCUUUCUACUUUUAAAUCAUACAGACCUUUUUCCUAGUUAGUUUUCUUUCUCUCUUCCUUUGAAUUCUUUCCAGUACUUUUAUAUCAGCACUUACCAUACUAUGAGCUGUUCUUCUCCACUAAGGGCUGAAGAAUGGGAAAACUGUUUGGAGCUUGAUACCCAGAGCCUGUAGCAAGCACAUAAGCCUUUUGGUUAUCCAUGCUUGUUUCUUGGGAAAGAACUACAGACACAAUAAAAUAUUCUUGAUAAUA